CGAAUAAGUUUUACUCAAUGAAUUUUUUUGUUUGUCAUAAAACUUAUUAAUAUUCUUUUUUAAAAAAAUUUACGACUAUGAGCAGCAAAGGGGAGCAAAAUUCUUAAUGUGCACCGUUCUGCACUUUAUAAAAACCUUCGACAAAAGAGGAUAAUUAUUUAAUUAAUAUUAUUUCUCUGCUUUUUAAUAUCGCAUCGAACCUCUCGUCGCCACCAAAUCCUUUGUCUCCCCCCCCCCCCCCCCCAAUCAAAUUAGGGUUAGGGCUCUCAUCUUCCUCCCCCUUUCACAGCCGCCAAUCGACGAUGACAGGCAAGGCGAAGCCGAAGAAGCACACGGCGAAGGAGCUCCAGGCCAAGGCCGACGCAGCGCUGACCAACAGAGGCGGAGGAAAGGCGGGGCUCGCCGACAGGACGGGCAAGGAGAAAGGCGGCCACGCGAAGUACGAGUGUCCUCACUGCAAGAUCACGGCGCCGGAUCUGAAGACGAUGCAGAUCCAUCACGAGUCGAAGCAUCCAAAGCUGCCUUACGAGGAGCCGAAGAAUCUCCACGAGGCUCUUGGUGCUGCUGCUCCUGAGUCGUCUUCCAAACCGAAACCUGGAAUCAGAGGAAGCCUCAAGAAGUGAUCAUCUUUGUGGUGUAUCGAAUUGCUUUUUUUAAUGAAAGUUGUGAUCUUUAUUAUUAUGGGUUUCUUCAAGUUGUCUGCAAUGAUGAUGCAUAUGAUAUAAUCUUUUGUUUCUAACUUAUAUGGAGGUUUGGAAUUGGCUCUUUGAUUUCAAUCAGACAAGAGAUUGGUAUG